CAACGGUAAACAGAGAAAUAAUCGACCAGCAGAACGGCGAUCGAGCGGAUGUAACAGGCCUCCAACGGUAACAUCCUCCCCCAGGUCAACACUGACAUAUCAGUUAACAGUGAAAUCAGGUCCAGGAAGGGCAAGUGAUGAGACCAGCGGUGUGUGCUGUGGUGGUGCUGACGGGUCUGGUCACGGGUCUGAAGACCAAACGAGAGAUCUCGCUAGGACCAGAAGACUUGCUAGGAGCAAGGGCCUCCGAGGAACGUCAAAUCUCGGCUUUGCACGUUCCAAGCAUCCUAUCCCAGCCUCCUUCAGCCAACCAGAUGGAUACACACUCAGGAUACCCUCUAAGGCUGUUGGGAACUGGGAAGUCCUACCGGGCGAAGGGCAAUGGGAACGCGUCCAGCGACAGAGAUGACUCCAGCACGAUAGGAAACAACCUCAGUGACAACACAGAGGACGACCUCCCACAAGUCAUAGAUAACCUCGUCGUGGAAUUCACAAAUGCAGCCUCAUCUCUGUACCAGAAGCUGACCUCUGGACUCAUUGACUUCAUUGCAUCCUGGGAGGGACAUGAAGACCUGCCUGACGAAGAAAUGAUUCUUCCUGAGGAAGAAGAGGAGGAGGAAGAGGAGGAGGAGAAGAAGGAGGAGGAGGAGGAGGAGGAAGAUGAAAACCACGAGAAGAACAGAAGAAGGGAAGAACUACGAACUCGGGAAAAGAAGGAAAAUAAGAACUACGUUAAGAGGGAAAGCAAGAAAGAACUUCGAACUCACGAAGAAGAGGAAGCUAAAAGCCACAACAAAAGCAAAAGAAAAAGUCGCAGCAGUGAUUACGGAGCUACGAAGUACGGGGAGACAGGUCUCGACAAGAGUACUCACGUCUACAGCGUCCUGGCUGUGAUCGUCUUCAGCGCCUUCCUGGGGUACAUGGUGUACCACUAUCUUAGCAGCUCCGCCAAGGAGAAGAAGCGUAGUUCCUGGGGACUCCAUGGGUGGUCUUGGAGUCACGAGGACCUCCUUCAGAACCUCCUGAAGGAGGUGACUGUCGCUGUGGUGAGGUGGACGAUGCUCGAGGACCCUCCGGGAGCAGAGGAUCUGUGAAAUAUCCACUUCGAGGCUCCUCUUACCUUUGGGGGAACCAGCCUAAGGGAAUAACCGGUCAACCAGGCUGUUGGUACCAGCAGCUAGUACGAUAUUAAUUAUUUAUUUAAAGAGGCAAAUCCUUGCGGGUCAUUCAACACAAACAGCGCUGAAGAAUCGACUUCUAUAUAUACGACCCGUGGAGAACCACCCCAGACAUGACCUUUCAUUGACCUUUCACCUACCUUGUGCAGACCUUCCAUGUAUUUUUAAACAAUUAUUUCAUAUGAAGGAAUAAAUAUUGAUGGAGAAGAAAAAACAACAGACAAUAUAAGUUCAGUUUAGGGCAAAAUCAAAAUCAGAAAUUCUUCAGAUUUUUGUUAGAGAAAUCGAGUAUUUUGGGUUGAAUUUCUAAGUCAAUAAAUACAUUUCUAACUGUAGGUUAUUUAACGAUUUAUAACUGUUGUCUGGUUUAUGUAAUAUUGUGCCUAUGUAGACUUAAUGUGUGGCUUUAAUGUGUAGUAAUAAU